AUGACGAAAGUCACGGAAUGUGCGGCUGAGCACAAAAUCGUGGUGGUGCUCGGAUUCUCCGAAAACGUCAACGACUCUCUCUAUAUCUCUCAAGCUAUUAUCGAUGCAGAUGGAGUGAUACGUGUGUCACGCAAGAAAAUGAAGGCAACUCACAUGGAGCGGACGAUAUUUGGUGACUCCCUUGCAGACUGCCUUGAAAGCGUCGCUGAUACAGCGGCUGGCCGAGUCGGAGCCUUGUCGUGUUGGGAGCAUAUCCAGCCAUUACUGAAGUACCACACUUAUUCCCAGCGGGAACAGAUUCACGUGGCUGCAUGGCCACCUAUCUUCCAGGAUGAUGACAAAGAUGUUCUCUUUUCGAUGUCUCGUGGCGGCACCACCGCGAUUGCACAAACGUACGCGGUUGAGUCGCAGUCAUUCGUUCUUCACACGACUGCUGUUCUCAGCCAGCGCGGCAUUGACUUGAUGAACACACAGGAUGGAUCGAUAAUGAACAGGCCAGGAGGCGGCGGAUCAGCGAUAUUUGGGCCAGAUGGCCGUCAAUUGACCACUGAUCAUCCCGAAACUGAAGAGACCAUUCUUUACGCCACGCUGGAUCUGAACAAAAUUCUCCAGUGCCGAGCAUUUGUCGAUGUUUGUGGCCACUAUAGCCGGCCAGAUCUUCUGUGGCUAGGGGCCGAUAAAGAGCUCAAGCGUCAUGUACGAUCGUAG